AUGGUUCCCAGUUACCCAUGUUCGAACAUCCGAUUCGUUAGUCUUCAUUAUUCUUCGUUUUAUGCAACACCCCUUCAUUUUCUUUUUCAUUCCUUUUCAUUUAUUCUCGUAAUUUUUCUCCAUUUUCUUUUUCAUUCCUUUUCAUUUAUUCUCGUAAUUUUUUCUUCUUUCUUCAUUCUCCUUUGUUUUUCGCAACACUCCUUCGUUUUCUUUUUCAUUCCUUUUCAUUUAUUCUCGUUAUUUUUUCUCCUUCAUUAUCCUUUGUUUUUAUCCUUCGUUUUCUUUUUUUCCCAUUUACAAUUUUUUCUUCUUUCUUCAUUUUCAUUUUUUCAUUUAUUUCAUUUCAUUUCUUUGUUUUUCCCAACAUUCUUUUUUUUUCAUUUAUUAUUCUUUUUCAUUAUUUUUCAUUAUUUAUACUCGCUGUUUUUUCGCAACUCUCUUUCAUUUAUAUUCAUUCAUGUUUUUUCUGUUUUCAAUCAUUCUUUCUUUAUUCUCAUUUGUUUUACGCAACAGACUUACAUUUUUGCCAUUCGUUUUUUUUUUUUUUCCUUUUUUUUUCUCUUUUCUCAUUCUCUUUUUUUUUCAACACUCUUUUCUUUCUUUUUCAUUCAUUUUUUAUUUACAUCCGUUAUUUGUUUUUUUUUUUUUUUUGUUGUUGUUGUUAUUUCUUAUUCAUUUCGUUUUCUUAGUCUCGGUCAGUCCUCCAACUUUUUUUCCUUUUUCUUCAUUUUUUUCAAAAAAAUUAAUUCUUCUUUUAUUUCACUUUCAUUUUUCGCGACAUUCUUUCUCAUUCAUUCUUUCUUUUCUCGUUCGUUUUUCGAACCUCUCUCUCUCUCUCUCUCUUUCGCUUUUCUUCCAUUUUCAUUUGUUUUAAUUCAACCUUCCAGUUUUUCAUCUAUCCUUUCUUUUUCUCCAAACACUCCUCCCUUUCCUUUAGUUAUACUUUGUUUUCGUUCAUUGUUUUUCAUCUACUCCCUCCUCUUCUAUCUUCAACGGUUGUUAUUUUUGGGAUUUUUUUUCAUCCCCAACCCCCCCACCGCAAAAAAUCCGAGUUUAUUUUUCUCUAUUCUAUCCCCACUCCAAUCAUCCGGCCCUCGUCAGCUCCCGAGUUUUCUCGUUCUUGCACCUACACCGCACUUUCAGUGUUCAUAUUUAUCUGUCUAUAUCUCAUUUCUCUUCAUAUCUAUCUAUCAAUUCUCUUCAUAUCUAUCUAUCUAUCUAUCUAUCUAUCAAUUCUCUUUAUAUUUAUUAAUCUAUAUUACAGUUCUUUUCGUAUCUAUCUCAAUUCUCUUCAUAUCUAUCCAUCUAUCUAUCUAUCAAUUCUCUUUUUGUCUAUCUAUCUAUUCGUAUCUCAAUUCUCUUCAUAUCUAUAUAUCUCUCAAUUCUCUUCAUAUCUAUCUAUCUAUCUAUCUAUCUAUCUAUCUAUCUAUCUAUCUAUUCUCUCCCUAUCUAUGUAUCUAUCUCUCAAUUCUCUUCAAAUUUAUUAAUCUAUAUCACAGUUCUUUUCAUAUCUAUCUCUCAAUUCUCUUCCCAUCUAUCUAUCUAUCUAUCUAUCUAUCUAUCUAUCUAUCUAUCUACAUUUGUCCACUUUCCACAGACUUUGCCAUUAUUUCUGUGUCCAUCACCCAGCUCCCUCAAUCCACAAAAUGCCUCCAAGACCGAACCAGUCCUGCUCCUUCUUUCUUUUUUCUUUCUGCUUCUUUCUUUCUUUCUUCUUUCUUUCUUUCUUCUAUCUCUUUUUCUCUUCCUUUCAUCAUUGCUUCUUUCUCUCUCUUCUUCUUCUUUGUUUUUUUAAAACAUCCAUUAAUAAAUUCUGUUUUUGUUGCUUUCUUUCUUUAUUCACUGAGUUUUUCUUUAUUGCUUUUUUUUUCUUUCAUUUCCAUUGCUCUACUCUUCCUUUAUUUGUUGUUUUUUCUUCUGUCCCUUCCUUUAUUCACUCCUCCUUUCCUUAUUCCUUUCUUCUUUCUUCCUUUCUUUACUCCUUCUUCCCUUAUUCAUUAUUCUUUCUUCCUUUCUUCGCUCCUCCUUCCCUUAUUCCUUUAUUCUUUCUUCCUUUCUUUACUCCUCCUUCCCUUAUUCUUUAGUCUUUCUUCACUUCUUCUUUCCUUAUUCCUUUAUCCUUUCUUUCUUCAUUCCUCCUUCCAUUUUCAGUCUUUCUUUCCUUAUUCCUUUAUUCUUUCUUCCUUUCUUUACUCCUCCUUCCCUUAUUCUUUAGUCUUUCUUCACUUCUUCUUUCCUUAUUUCUUUCUUCUUUCUUCCUUUCUUUACUCCUCCUUCCCUUAUUCUUUAGUCUUUCUUCCUUUCUUCGCUCCUCCUUCCCUUAUUCCUUUAUUCUUUCUUCCUUUCUUUACUCCUCCUUCCCUUAUUCUUUAUCUUUCUUCACUUCUUCUUUCCUUAUUCCUUUAUUCUUUCUUUCUUUUUUUACUAUAUUUUUCUUCUUUGAUUCUUUCUUCUGUCCCUUUUUUCUUCCUUUCUUCAAUCUUUCCAUUAUUAUUUUUUUUUAUUCGUUCUCCUUCUUUCUUUCUUUCUUUCUUAAAUUCACUACUUUAUCUUUUCUUCGUUCCUUCUUUCUUCCAUUUUUUUUACUUUCUUCCUUACUUUCAUGCUAUUUUUUUUCUUAUUUUUGUUCCCCCUUCCCUCUUGCCUUUAUCUUUCUUUCUUUCUUUCUUUCUUUCUUUCUUUCUUUCUUCAUUUCUCCCUUCUUUCUUUCCUUUUCAUGGCAACUACAAGAUAAUAACUCUACUAAUGGAUCUUCAUACCAACAAUUCACUUUACUCUCUCUCUCUCUCUCUUUCACACACACACACACUUCUUACUUUCUUUUUUUUCUCUCUCUCUAUCUAUCUCUAUUCAUAUCUAUGUCUGUUAUCUAUCUAUCUUUCUAACUAUCUAUCUAUCUAUCUAUCUGCUAAUAUCUAUUUAUCUAUCUAUGUUAAUAUCUAUCGAUCUUUAUUAAUAUCUAUCUAUCUAUCUAUCUAUCUGCUAAUAUCUAUUUAUCUAUCUAUCUAUUUAUCUCAUUUAAUAUCUAUCUAUGUAUCUCAUUUAAUAUCUAUCUAUGUAUCUCAUUUAAUAUCUAUCUAUCUAUCUAUCUAUCUCAUUUAA